UAAUUUUGAACAUUUUCCAAAAACAUUUCUUUCAAUCAUUAUUUGAUUAAAGAUUUUUAAAGUUAAAAAAAAAUUUAGAAUAACCAAUAUGGGAGUUCCAGCAUUUUUUCGAUGGUUAUCAAAAAAAUAUCCAUCAAUUGUUGUACAUUGUGAUGAUGGUGUUAAAGGUGAAUAUCAUUUCGAUAAUCUUUAUCUCGAUAUGAAUGGUAUUAUUCAUCCGUGUAGUCAUCCGGAAAAUAAACCACCACCAGCAAAUGAAGAGGAAAUGUUUUUAGCCAUUUUUGAAUAUGUUGAAAAUAUAAUGAAAAUUGUUCGACCAAAAAAAUUAGUAUAUAUGGCUGUUGAUGGUGUUGCACCGCGUGCCAAAAUGAAUCAACAACGAUCACGAAGAUUUCGUGCUGCACAAGAAUCAUAUGAAAAAUUGAUUCAAAUUCAAAAGGUUAAAGAUGAUUUAUUGGCUCGUGGUAUCGAAGUACCGGAAAAAGAAGAUUCCGCUCAUUUUGAUUCGAACGUCAUUACACCUGGUACUGAUUUUAUGAUAAAUCUAAGCGAAGCUUUACGUAGCUGGAUUAAUCGUAAAUUAAGUGAAGAUUAUGAUGAUCAACAUUCAAUAUGGCCUAAAGAUUUGAUGAUUAUCCUAAGUGAUUCAUCUGUGCCUGGUGAAGGUGAACAUAAAAUUAUGGAUUAUAUUCGACGACAAAAAGCGGAUAAAAAUUUCGAUGCAAAUCUUUCGCAUUGUCUUUAUGGUGCCGAUGCUGAUCUUAUCAUGUUGGGUCUGGCAACACAUGAACCAAAUUUUACAAUUCUACGUGAAGAAUUUAAACCAAAUCAACCACGACCAUGUGAUCUAUGUGGUCAACUUGGUCAUGAGUUAAAAGAUUGUACCGGACAACCGAAACCCGAAGAAGAACAAAUAAGACCUGCUGAUACGGAAUUCAUCUACAUUCGAUUGAAUGUUCUACGAGAAUAUCUUGAAAAAGAAUGUAAAUCGAAUACAAGUGUUCAAUUGAAUUUCGAACGUUUUAUCGAUGAUUAUGUUUUUCUAUGUUUUUUUGUUGGUAAUGAUUUCUUACCACAUUUACCAUCGUUAGAAAUUCGUGAAAAUGCAAUUGAUCGUCUAAUAAAAAUCUAUAAAUAUGUUAUGGAAGCUUAUCCAGAUGCACAAGAUAUGUAUCUAACAAAAAAUGGUCAUGUCAAUAAACAUCGUGUACAAUUAAUAUUGCAAGAAUUGGGUGAAUAUGAAGAUGAAAUAUUUAAACAACGACAACAAAAUGAACAGAAUUUUAAGGAAAGAAAUAAACGACGAAAAUUAAUGCAAGCUGAACAGGAUUUACGAUGGUUGAAACCAGAAGCUGUUGGACAAUCUGAACGUCCAGAAGUGUUUAAUAAUCCGAGGGAAGAAGCUCACAAAGUGCGUAUGGCAUAUAAAGAUCAAGGUUCGAAUUCAGCCAAAGAUAAACUUGAAAAAAUGUUGAUCAAACCAAAUGAUAAUAGUGGUGAAUCAUCGUUGAAACGAAAACGUGAAGAUUCAGAUAAUGAUGAUAGUGAACCAGAAGAUCUGGUACAAUUAUAUAAUGAUGGAUGGAAAGAACGUUAUUAUAAACAUAAAUUUGGUGUUGAAUUAGUGGAUCGUAUUAGUAAACAAGUUGCGGAUGAAUAUUUUAGAGGUCUUUGUUGGGUUAUGCUUUAUUAUUAUCAAGGUUGUCCUGAUUGGAAAUGGUUUUUUCCCUUUCAUUAUGCAUGUUUUGCUAGUGAUUUCAAAAAUAUCGAACAAAUUGAUAUUAAAUUUGAUCGUAUGGCUAAACCAUUCAAACCAUUAGAACAAUUGAUGAGUGUAUUUCCAGCUGCAUCAUCAAAAAGUUUACCACCAACAUGGCGUGAACUAAUGUCACGUAAUGAUUCACCAAUCAUUGAUUUCUAUCCGACAACAUUCAAAAUCGAUUUGAAUGGUAAAAAAGCUGCAUGGAUGGGUGUUGCAUUGUUACCAUUCAUUGAUGAAGAACGAUUGUUUGCAGCAUUAAAAACUGUUUACAAUGAUCUUACCGAUAGUGAAAAACGUCGUAAUUGUCAUGGAUCACAUUUGAUUUUUACAUCGAAAAAACAUUCAAUACUUUCAGAUAAUAUUCGUAAUGCAAUCGAAAAUGGAACGUCCAUUGAAAACAAUGACACUGAUGAUGAUGUAAAUAAAAAUAAUGAACAAAAAGCCAUACCAGCUGCUGAAUCAGAACCAAAUUUAAUAUCUGGUUCAUUAAGAAAAAGUUCAAACUAUUCAAUGACUUAUUCAAAGACAUUAUGCUGUGAAUUUUAUGAUCCAACUUAUUCGAAAGAAUUUAUAUUUCCAGCAGUAAUGUUAAAGAAUGCACGAAAACCUGACACUGUUCUUCGUCCACAAGAUCUUGAUCGAUUUGAACGUUAUCGUCCAAUUAUUGGUAUGAAUAGACGUUCAGAUCGUGCCAAUUUAGCUGGUAGUGGUCAUCGAAUGAUUGAACGAUUAGUACAAAAAGAACAUGGUGGUGAACAAUAUCGUAAUGAACAAUAUCAUAAUCAAUAUGGUUAUCAAAAUUAUCGUCAUCAACAAUAUAAUAUGCAACAAUAUUCAACUGAAAAUCGAUAUUAUCCCGAUAAUAAUAAUAAUCGAUAUAAUCGACAACAGCAAGAUAGUAAUCGAUAUUCUGGUUAUAAUAAUCAUAAUCAUCAUUCCAAUCCAUCUAGACAACAAUCAAAUUAUUCAUCAUCAAGUUAUUAUAGCCAACAACAACAACCAUCACAACAGAAUCAAUAUAGCACUGGAAGUUAUUAUCAACAACAACAACAAUCAUCAUCAUCGAAUUAUAAUAGUCGAUAUUCGACAGCACCACCACCACCACAACCACAAGCAUCGGGAUUCUCAUCUUAUUAUACAAGCGAUUAUGUUAAUCAUCAUCAACAGCCACAACAACAACAUCAACAACGAAGAGGUGGUUAUGGAAAUUCAUCCAAUCGAUCUUAUCGUUGAUUCACAUGAUCAAGUCCAUAUUAAUAAAUUUUUUUUUAGGUUUUUUUUCAUUUUAUUUUCUAUAUG